ACCAAUCAUCAUCGCCACGCCCAGAAAAGAAAACCCAUCUGAAAAAGAAAAUUCCCCAUCCCUCCCAAGCCCAAGCGCUCCUUCUAGUUCGAGCCGAAUUCGCUCCCCUCCCCCGUCCCCGCCGGCAAGUUCCUCCGCCGGCGAAGAUGGAAGAUACGGCGCGCACGCCGCUUCUUCCUCCCAGUGGAACGGGACCGCACAUCUCCUCCUCGUCGGAGGCGUCGAGCCACGACGCCGGCUGCUCCAAGUUUCUUCCCCAAGAAGGCCAAGAACGGGAUGCCAAUCAGGCUGCGCCGCGGGACCAGAAGAAGACGGAAGAUACGAGGGGGUCGCAGGGCAGUUCGAGCGGUACAAGGGAGACGCCCCCGGGCAGCGACCGGACGGACCUCGGCGACCACUCCGGUCAGAUUCCGGCCGCCGCUGACAAGACGCAAGGUGCGGUCACCAACCGCAAGUUCUUCCCCUUCCCCAGGUUCCCCUUCUUCCUUAGGAAGACUCCUGCCGAGAUGGCGGCGGCGGGAGGCGAGACGCCCCUGCACCGCGACUGCGCGGCCCUCAUCAAACGGCUUCAAGAUUUGGAACGUCUCAGCGGCAGUUCUUCAGUUAUCGCGGACCCGACGGCCCGUCUGAUCGAGGCCACGCGCUCGCUUGCAUUGACUGACGGCGUCGACUCCAAGGAAAGCAAGAAGUCCCACUUUGAGAUGAUCCUUGCUUCGAUGUCUUUGACCAUGGUUGCCUCCAGAGAAAAGAUUGAUGAGGAGAUCGCGACGACGGCAAAGAAUCUUGCCUCCGAGGCUGCAGCGCUGCUGCCCAAGACGGGCGCGUUCGAACAGCAGACUGGAAGAUCCAAAGACUUCUUGUUAUGCCUAACCAUAUCAGGUUCCCUGGCGCUGCUGCCUUACCUUCCGACUCAGAUUCCGGAGUCGCUUCGGCCUUACAUCGGCGCUGGAUUCGCCCUGGUGUUCUAUGCGGCAUCGGUGGGAGCAAUUCUGAGCUUCAGGGCAACGCGCAGGUCACACCUGAAGUUUGCUGACUUACUCAGUACAGUGAGCUUUGCAGGGUUUAGCUUGCUGGUAAUAGCAUUCAUCUGCUCAGCUUUGUCGUCAGGGAACGUUCUCCUGCUCGUUAUAUGUGCACUGCUACUCUUUGCAGGUCAAUUGUAUGCGUGGAGGUGGUAGUCGUUUCCUAGUUAGAUGCAGCUUUUGAUAUUAGGUAUCAUGCCAAAAGAAAAGACUAUUGGUUUUGGUACUCUUGCUGUAAUACACAAUAAAACUUCGUUUAGGUGCAUCCUUUUACAUGGGCACCUGACCAUACUGUCUUUGAGAGUAAAAAGUGCUUUGCCAAAUCAUAUGUAACAAUGGACUCACUUAUCAGCAUGCCAUCUGAGUCAA